AUGAAGACUUCUACGCUUACUCUCCUUGCUUUUGCAACCUCUGGUCUGGCAUUCCCGGAUCCUAACGGUCAUGAGUUUCGUGCCCCAGGGCCUUUUGAUACAAACCACGGCUAUCUCCCGCGCGACGGGAAGAACCUAGAUUACGAAAUGAUCAACAAGGCUGCGCAAGCAGCAUACAACUUCGAGUCGGGCUUUUAUAUAGAUGCCGUUAAUAUGGUUUUUGAAUUUAACAUCUCCACCACAAAUCGACCUAAUGAAACUUUCCAUCUUCGCGACCUCGCUAGACACGAUACAAUUGAAGCGGACGGCUCGCUUACUCGCAACGAUAUUUACUUUGGAGACGAUCUCCACUUCGAUGCCACAGUUUGGAGUCCUGUUGCGAAGGAUCUCGGGUUGGAUCAUUACCGAUAUGUUGACCGCUUCGUCACGGUCGAUACGGCAGCUAAGGCUACUAAAAACCGCUAUGGUCUUGCGAUGAGUGCCAACCCACAAUUCAAUGCUUCUGCGCUUUGGAAACAGUUUCAAUACGGGACUACAGCACUCUAUCUUCUGACCCUAUGGGACAAUGAUCACAAUGCUGUGCCAAAACCAUGGGUCAAAGCCUUGAUGGGUGAGGAUCGGAUUCCAUAUAAAGAAGGAUAUAUGAAGGGAAACGUGACAAAAACUGGCAAGCAGAUCCAGGCCAUGAACAAGGCGGUACGAGAUGCAGUCGGUUUGAAAUCUUGAAGAGAACAUUUGAGCUCGCGGACGUGUUUGUCUUUUAUGGGGGUAGAGGUCGGCACGAAUACAUAUUUGUAGCACCCUGAGAUAGUCAAAUCCUGUAAACGGGCAUACACAUGAAGGGUCUCGUGGAACGCUUGUUGUCUCCUUGGUUGGGUAUCAUGUGUGUAUAACCUGUGGGGAGGAUCCAGGUUCUGUACACAGGUGUUGAUCUUCCCGUUAAGCGAAGUAAGGAACCUGAGUAUCAUGUUAGAAAUGGGUUUACGACGUGGUUUGGGAGAAAGGUAGUUUUUACGGUUAUCAAAGGGACGUGGCAUUGCAAAUGCCUAUUUGUCGGAAAUUUAGUAACGUUGGCUUUUGUAACCCUAGUUGGUAUUUUGUCUUUUGUCAUAAACACGAAAUAUGAAAGGUAG